AUGUCGAAUCCAUCGGGUAUCUCCAUUGCAGAUGAAUGCAUAUCUGUAUUCAACCAGCUCCGAUCAGGGCCAGAAGCCACCAGACCCAAGUUCAUCAUCUACAAGAUCUCCGACAACAACAAGAGUAUUGUAGUCGAGGAAACAUCGACGGAAAAAGACUACGAGGUCUUUUGCCAGAAGCUAUGGGCUGCCGUCGACAAAGAUCGCAACCCGGCUCCACGGUAUGCCAUCUACGACAUGGAUUAUGAGCUUGCGAAGGGAGGGAAGCGGACCAAGAUCGUCUUCAUCCAUUGGGGCCCUUGUCACGCGCCUAUUAAGCUGUGCAUGGUCUAUGCUAGCAGUGUGCAGCAAUUCAAAAGUGCUUUAAAUCUCAGCGUUUCACUUUAUGCAGACAGCCUGGAAGAGCUUGAAUGGCCGGUUGUCUUGAAGACAGUCGGCGGGGGCCAGGCAAUCUAG